AUGAUAAAAGAAGAAAAUGAAUUCGAAAAUAAUAUUAUAAAUAGACCAUGUACAAGUGAAACUGAAUGUGCCAUCGGUUGCAUAAAACAAAGACAAUUUGAUGGCGUCUGCAUACGCAACGUUUGCCAAUGUAAAACUGCCCGCAUUGAAGAAAAGUGGUAUGAAUACAGAAAGAUUGUUACCGAAAGAAAAACAUAUUACAGAGAAGAAAGAAUAGUUCAAAUUGAAGAAACCAUCUUCAAGCCAAACCAAAAAUCUUGUUCGACUUCAAUUGGUGACCUUUGCACAAAAUUAUGUAAUAAUGUAGGCAACAAAUUUGGCAAAUGUAAUUCCGAAUCACAAAAUGUGCAAUGUUUAUGUUCUAAAGAUAAAUCAACUUGGACUAAUUAUUUAGAUAUUGAAACACACACAAAUAAUGUAUUAGAAUCUGAAUUGUGCAGUAAAUCUGAUUGCUAUGAUAAAUGCAGUGCAUUACAAUAUGACGGAGAUUGUAUUGACCAGGAAUGCAAAUGUUUCAUAAAGGAAAUUCGAGAAUGGAGAAAAUAUACAGAUGUCAUCACAAAUCCUGUAAAAUCAGUACCAAAACACACUCAUCAGGAUAGAGAAAUUUGUUCAGUUAAAGAUUGCCAUCAAAGUUGCUUUGAAUUCGGUUUGGAUGGUGAUUGUAUUCAAGACACUUGUAAAUGUUACAAUCCGAACAAAAAAGAAUGGCAAGAUGUGCCAAGGUUUGAGAGAAAUAAUGAAAGUCCAUCACCAGAUAUAGUAAAUUCUUGUGAUGUUUGCAAACUAACAUAUGGAGAAGGACAUUGCACGUACAAAUGCCGAGGUGUAGGAUAUAGAGAAGGAAAGUGUUCUGGUGAAAAAUGUACUUGUACAAAUGAUGAGAAAACAUGGAUUGAUUUCAAUGAAAAUUUGGAGCAACAAUAUGAAAACAGUGUUUGCACUAAAGGAAAUAAUGAAGAAAGCUCAUAUCUAUGUUCCAAAUAUUGCAGACAUUCAAAGAAUACAAUUGGAUAUUGCAAAAAAGAUUUUUGUCACUGUGAGGAAAAUCAAAUGGACGAAGAAAGAGUUCGUGCUCGAUUACUUAUUGAUGGACUAUGUGAAGAAGAUGAAAGAGUCCAUAUCGAUUGCCAAUAUACUUGUAAAACACUUAAAAAUCUAGAUGGACUUUGUAGAGACACAAAAUCAAGUUACAAAAGUUGUGAAUGCGGAACACAUGAUGACUGGCAGAAACUAAUAGUAGAAGACUUUUUUGAAAACAGUAAAUAUAAAAUUAAUGAAACUGCUUUCGAGAGUAAAAUAAUAGCUGGUCCUUGUAAAGCCAUGGAUUGCAAUAUUGCUUGUCAUAGGCAAAGACAAUUCAACGGUCAAUGCAUUUAUAAACAAUGCAAAUGCAAAACUUCUCUAAAAUAUCAAAAUUGGCAUUCGUUUCAAGACAUUAUUGAAGACAGACACACUCAUUACACAAAUGAAGAUCAUCCAAGGGAGAUGCAAAAACCAUAUGAUCGUAAUAUUAACGAAUUUGAAAAGUUAUGUGACUCACAUGAUUGUUAUAAUAAGUGUCUUGAUUUUAACUUUGAUGGAAAUUGCAUAGAAGGAAUUUGUCAGUGUUAUGAUGGAAAAGAAAAUAAAUUACGAGAAUAUACUGAUUUAAUACAAAGUAAUCGCAAGACAGGUAAUUAA